AUGGCAACUCUGCAACGAUGGUACUCCCAGUACUCGCCCAUAUGGCAACGAUGGUACUCCCAGUACUCGCCCAUAUGGCAACGAUGGUACUCCCAGUACUCGCCCAUAUGGCAACGAUGGUACUCCCAGUACUUGCCCAUAUGGCAACGAUGGUACUCCCAGUACUCGCCCAUAUGGCAACGAUGGUACUCCCAGUACUCGCCCAUAUGGCAACGAUGGUACUCCCAGUACUCGCCCAUAUGGCAACGAUGGUACUCCCAGUACUUGCCCAUAUGGCAACGAUGGUACUCCCAGUACUUGCCCAUAUGGCAACGAUGGUACUCCCAGUACUCGCCCAUAUGGCAACGAUGGUACUCCCAGUACUUGCCCAUAUGGCAACGAUGGUACUCCCAGUACUCGCCCAUAUGGCAACGAUGGUACUCCCAGUACUUGCCCAUAUGGCAACGAUGGUACUCCCAGUACUUGCCCAUAUGGCAACGAUGGUACUCCCAGUACUCGCCCAUAUGGCAACGAUGGUACUCCCAGUACUUGCCCAUAUGGCAACGAUGGUACUCCCAGUACUCGCCCAUAUGGCAACGAUGGUACUCCCAGUACUUGCCCAUAUGGCAACGAUGGUACUCCCAGUACUUGCCCAUAUGGCAACGAUGGUACUCCCAGUACUCGCCCAUAUGGCAACGAUGGUACUCCCAGUACUUGCCCAUAUGGCAACGAUGGUACUCCCAGUACUCGCCCAUAUGGCAACUCUGCAACAAUCACCGGGUGCUCCUCUUGACAUAG